GUGACCUCAGUCGUUUUCACUUCUAGCGUUCUUUGUGGCUCAACGGAAACCCGACGUAAGAGCCUGGCUUUGUCACGUGACCUGCACUGCAGCCGGGUCAUCCGCUUCAAACUUCAUGCGCCAAGUCUGUCUGCUCUAACGAGUAAAAUACUGAGUCUUAAAACAGUCUGUCGUUCCACAUUUUUCGCAAUCUAACGAUAAAUGAUGUCGCUCUCCGCAGCGCGCUCGUUUCUGUCGGAGGCUGCUUAUGGCGAGCAGGAGCUGGACGCCAAUUCUGCGCUGAUGGAGCUCGAUAAAGGUUUAAGGUCUGGUAAACUGGGCGAGCAAUGUGAAGCUGUGGUCCUGUUCCCCAAACUCUUUCAGAAGUACCCCUUUCCCAUCCUCAUCAACUCUGCCUUCCUGAAACUGGCAGACAUCUUCAGACUUGGAGAUUUUGCUGCCGGAAUUUGCAACAAGAUUAGUGAAAUGAUUCAAGGACUGGACACUCCAGUGGAGCUGAAGCUGAAGUUGAUCCCGAUGCUGCAGCACAUGCACCAUGAUGCCAGUCAGGCCUCGUGCAGCAGGGAGUUACUGCAGGAGCUGGUGUCCUCCUACCCCUCCACACCCAUGCUCAUCGUCACGCUGCACACCUUCACCCAGCUGGCCACCUCCUCACUCGUCGAUAUCCCUGAGCAGAUUCAUCUGCUUCUCCAGUACUUGAAGGAGGACCCCAGAAAAGCAGUGAAAAGACUCGCCAUUCAGGAUCUCAAGCUCUUAGCUAAAAAAGCUCCUCACUUGUGGACCAGGAAGAACAUACAAGUCAGAGAUUUUCAUGAGACUCCCCCAGACACUUUUGUGCUAGGCUGCCAUGAUUUUUCUCGGGAGUUGUACCAGAGUCUUCGUACCCGCGUGGCCUCAGAGCACUUCUACUUCUGGCUGAACAGUCUGAUGGAGUUCUCUCAGGCGGAGCAGUGCCUCAGCGGCCUUUCAGAUGGAGACUACAGCGCAGCCAUGAGCGCCAUCUCUGAAGCACUCAAAUCCUACCAGAAGGGAAUUGCGUCUCUCACGGCUGCCAGUACGCUGCUGAGUCCUUUGACGUUCCAGUGUGAGUUUGUGAAGCUGCGGAUAGACACUCUUCGGGCCCUGUCCCAGCUCAUCUGCACCUGCAACAGUCUGAAGACCAGCCCCCCUCCUGCCAUCGCCACCACCAUCGCUCUGUCCUCAGGCAGCGAGCUGCAGCGCUGCGGACACAUUUCAACACAGAUGAAAUUAGCCAUGGAUGAAUUUCGAAGUCUGGCAGCUCGCUAUGCCGACCUGUAUCAGUCUUCGUUUGAUGCCGACUACGCCACCCUCCGUAAUGUUGAACUACAACAGCAAAGCUGCUUGCUUGUAUCUUAUGUUAUUGAGGCUUUAAUAAUUGAUCCGCAAACGGCCAGUUUCCAGGAGUUUGGCACACACGGAUCAGUGCUGGCAGAGAGCGAGUAUGAACUCAGAAUGCUGGCUGUGUUCAAUCACGUCCUGGAGGAAGUGGAAACUAGCAGGAAGCACCCUCCUGUCUCUUACCUGCACACUGGAUGUCUGUGUGGUGCUGUUAUAGCCAUUUUGAAGGUACCACUGUCAUUCCAGAGAUAUUUCUUCCAGAAGCUUCAAUCCACCAGCAUUAAACUUGCUCUCUCUCCAUCUCCUCGUACACCAAACGAGCCAAUCCCAGUGCAGAACAACCAGCAGCUGACUUUAAAGGUGGAGGGGGUGGUGCAGCACGGCUCCUCUCCAGGCCUGUUCCGCAAGAUCCAGGCCGUCUGCCUCAAAGUCAGCUCUACUCUACAGACGAAACCUGGAUCCGACUUCAAGAUUCCUCUUGAUUCCAAAACGAACGAGAUUGAGCAGAAGGUGGAGCCUCAUAAUGAUUACUUCAGCACACAGUUCCUGCUCAACUUCUCCAUCCUGGGCACACACAUGGUCUCUGUUGAAGCCUCGGUUGUAGACACCAGUGGGAUCGAAUGGAAGACGGGACCAAAAAUCACUGUAUCAGUAAAGUCUCUGGAAGACCCUUAUUCCCAGCAGCUGCGGCAUCAGAUACAGCAGCAGCAGCAGACCGGCCCACAGCCAGGACCCCAGAGGAACAUCUUACCCCGCCAGUGACCUCCAACCCUCAUCAACUGCCUACUGCCGGUAUACUGCGGAUUUAUAGGACUUCUGGGCUUUUCUCUAAUGUUUUGUAUGAGUUGAAACACCUGUCUGGCUAUUUUUGCUUAUGUAAUAAUAAAUAGGCUUACAUUUUUCUUUUCUGCUGUUUACCAGAAUAAUUG